UGGAUGGAGGAGGAGGAGGAGGUGAAAGACUGGAAGGCGGAGAACAGAAUGAACGGGUUAGAGAGGGGAAUGAUGCGGAUUACCGUGGACCGCCGGUCAGCCUGCGUGCCAACGAUGGUUUCGGUCGUUGGACAAGAGGAUUUGCGGAGGAAACAACAAAGGCCUGCGGUUUGUUGACUCACUGAGCUCAGAGAGGGAGCCUGUAAUUCACCCGUCGCCUCAAAUUAUCUGUGACACCGAGGGCUGAGGGUUAAUUCUGAGAGUGAUUUCAUUUCUAGCGUUGGCUUUUUUUGUAUGUAGAUGUAGUGUUUGUGUAGUUUACAUGAUUUCGUCUUCAUUUUUGUUGAAAACUAUGAAAAAAGAGUGACCCUGCCCCCCCUCUUAUUUGUGGUUCAACUACCAUCAUGGCUUUAGCCGUCAUAGCAUCAUCGCCACCUGAUCUCUUCUUCUUCGCCGCCGCGGACAGGAUGUCAAGCUGAACAGGCGCUUAAACCGACACACCAAAACACAACUUCACCGACUUUCAUCAUGGAGACGUCGAUGUUACAGCCCUGCUGGUUGACAGGUCUGUUCAUAUGGACGAUAUUGUGUCUGCUCUCCAGCGGUCACUCCGCGCCUGACGCCUCGGGCCUGCCUCUAGCUAUCCGCGUGCCACUGCGGCAGGGCGCCCGCGCUGAACCGCUUCUGCCACCUGCCGCUGCCGCAGCCGCUGUGGACCGCGAGAGCGGCAACGUGGGAAAAUACGGUGUGCGCAAGCGGAGAGGAGCAGCUGGUAUCAGCUUCGUGGACAUGAUUGAUAACCUUCGCGGAAAGUCAGGCCAGGGAUACUACGUGGAAAUGGCUGUGGGCUCUCCUCCGCAGAAGUUGAACAUCUUGGUGGACACAGGAAGCAGCAACUUUGCUGUCGGAGCAGCUGCUCAUCCCUUCCUGCGAAGAUACUACCAUCGCUCGCUCUCUAGUUCAUACCGUGACCAGGGCAGGAGCGUGUAUGUUCCCUACACUCAGGGUCGCUGGGAAGGGGAGCUGGGCACCGACUUGGUCUCCGUCCCACAUGGCCCGAACGCCACACUGCGUGCUAACAUCGCUGCUAUCACCCAGUCAGAUCGCUUCUUCAUCAAUGGAUCCAACUGGGAGGGAAUCCUAGGACUGGCCUAUGCUGAUAUAGCACGGCCUGACGAGACUUUGGAGCCUUUCUUCGACUCUUUGGUUCGCCAGACUCCUGUCCCCAACCUCUUCUCUCUCCAGUUGUGUGGAGCUGGCUUCACUCAGAACUACUCCCUGGGUAGUGCGACCGUUGGUGGCAGCAUGAUCAUUGGAGGAGUGGAUCCGUCUCUGUAUGUGGGACAGCUUUGGUACACGCCCAUCCGCAGGGAGUGGUACUAUGAAGUCAUAAUUGUGAAAAUUGAGGUGAAUGGACAGGACCUCAACAUGGACUGUAAAGAGUACAACUACGAUAAAAGCAUUGUGGAUAGUGGCACCACCAACCUUCGUCUGCCUCGGAAAGUGUUCCAGGCUGCAGUCAAGGCUAUUGAAGCAGCUUCUUCGACAGAACAGUUCCCCUCUGGGUUCUGGCUCGGGGAGCAGCUGGUAUGCUGGCAGGCUGGUACUACUCCUUGGCACAUCUUCCCAGUCAUAUCACUCUACCUGAUGAGCGAAAACCACAACCAGUCUUUCAGAAUCUCCAUCUUACCACAGCAAUACCUGCGGCCGGUGGAGGAUGUGGCUUCUGCCCAGGAGGACUGCUAUAAGUUUGCUGUGUCCCAGUCCAGCACCGGCACUGUGAUGGGAGCUGUCAUCAUGGAGGGAUUCUACGUUGUUUUUGACCGAGAAAAGAAACGCAUCGGCUUUGCUGUCAGUACAUGCCACGUACACGAUGAGUUUCGUACAGCCUCUGUGGAAGGUCUGUUCCACGGUGUCGACCUGGAGGACUGCGGCUACAACAUCCCUCAAACAGACGAGUCCACUCUCAUGACCAUCGCCUACAUCAUGGCAGGAAUCUGUGCUCUCUUCAUGCUUCCUCUGUGUCUCAUGGUGUGCCAGUGGCGCUUCGCCCGCUGCAUCCACCCACACGGGGACUUUGCAGAUGAUAUAUCGCUCCUUAAGUGAAUUUGUGGAAAAAAGGGGCAAAAUAAGUCAGAGACUAAACUUGAACUACAGCAUUGAGAAGGGUUGAUGUAAAGUUAUGGUCAGUGAUACAGGAUACUGGUGCUGUUGAAACAGAGCUUUCAAACAUUUCUUCAGGAGUUAAAUAUAUAAAAUAUAACACACUGUAUUUACACAGUGAAAAGUGCUGCCCUAAAAUUAGAGAGCAUUUGACUUAAACUGGAGCCAUUACUAACCUGGAGGAGAAACCAGAGAAAGAUGGUGUCGUCAGUGUUAACUGUAAGUCUGUUUAAAGCUUCUGUGUCAGCAUGCCUAGAGGAGCUGAAGUGGGGUAAAUGCAGGAAAGAAAAUCUGCUCUUUCUUAUGUAUAGUAAAUAGACCACCGAGAUGGACAGCAACUCUAGGAUUAUUAAAGAGAAAGCAGAUGUGAUAAACGUGUGGUUGAAUUAAGAAUGUCACAACCUGGGUGUCAUGUUAAGAUGGAAAUACAUCAUCUAUUCAGGCCUGGUUUGAGAUGGUAAGAUCUGGCCAUAUGAGUGCUUGGUUAUGUGUGUUUCUAACUCUACUGUUUGUGGCUUAUGAAUGAUUGUUUGUGUGUGAGCAUGCCUGUAUGUGUGCACAGCUGUAAUGUACGUGAAGAGUAUACAGAAAGAUAUAAUGAAAUUGUACUACUGAGGACAAAUAGCAUCUAUGAAGUAACACUAUUUUGCAAAUGCCAGCAAAUAUUUCUGCAAUGCAAAUCAAAUAAGCAUAAAGAGGCUCAUUGAUGAAAUAUAAGAUUGUAACAGCAUUUUCUCAGUGCUCUUGGUGUAAAACUAAGACUGCUGAACAGUCAGUAUCAGAUGUCACUUUCUUCUCUUAUAAUGAUAGCUUGAACAUACUGUAAUGAAAAAAGAAAAGUGCAUUCCAGUUCUCCUAUUUGCCCCACAUACACUCAGACAUUCACACACAUUACUUAUCCUACUGCUGCACUGUCUGACGAUUUGCACAUGUAACACAUUACAUGUUAACAAACCCAGACUUGAUAGGGCUUCUUCCACAAACAGCCUAACUCACCACAUUUUUCAAUGGGGACCAUAUAUGCUUGGACAAGGAAACGAUCCCAAAGUAUGGUAUACACUCGAUUGCUAUGUAUGUCAGCAAGGGACAGUUUGUAUCGUCCUUCCGCAAGUUGUAAAUAGACAAACUAAGAAGUGUAUAUUUAUCUGUCAGGCGCUGGCAGCACUGUUGAACCAAUAAACUACUUAUUGUAACUGUAACAGGAUGUACUUUUCAUUUUUUCCCCCACAGGUUUAACCACUAACUGAUGAGUAGGCGACCUACAGUGAAUAUGAAAAGAAUUCACCCCCCUGGACGUUUACCCUUUUACUGAUUUUAUAAAUCAAUCAUGAUCAGUAUCAUUUGGCUUUCUGACCAAAAAGACCUCUUCAAUGUCAAGGUUCUUUGGAAGAAGAGGAUGGAGUGGUGAUUUAUGAUGUUGACAAACUCGGAUCAGUAAACUUCCCUUGGAUGUGUUGUACUUCUUUUAUAACACUACACACAAUAAUUCAAGACAAAAAGGAAAACCCUCUGGCCAGGGGGACCCUGCCUCCUGCAGGAAUUUCUGUGGAAUGACAGCCUGCAUUAGGAGGGUCUGGUGCCUUCUUUUUAAAGAGGUCAGAUGUCUACUCUGGUUACCCAGCAGGGUAAAUACUGUUGCAGUAACUGUGUGCACUUAGAAAAGGAGCAUUAAAAAUGGCACACACAGACUUGUUCAGUCCCUAAAGUCCUUACACUUUUUCAGGCAUUUCCAGCAAAAAUAUGUGCCCCUGGCCUGUCUACAAUCCCCCUAAAGAAUCAGACAUCCUCAACAAAUAAGGCCAAAGUUGACUACACCUGCUGAGGCGACUGAGGUCCUUUGGAGUAGGCAGGACUCUGCUCAAGACAUUCUGUCAGGUCUCUUCUAUGCAGUGGUCUGCUUUGGAGAGGGGAGCACAGAGAGGGACAGAAAGGGUAUAAACAAGUUAAAUUAAAACAAGCUAAGUUAAAUUUAUUAUUUUCCCUGAUAUGUAAUGUUAACUUCUAAUUUUUAGUCCCUCUCACAUCAUACCAUUCACACUGUGUUUUUAAUUUUAACCUGGUCUUGUCCUU